AUGAAAGUGAUCAUUGCAGUUCUAAUUCUAGCGGUAGCUUUCUCCCAAGCCGCACCUCAAGGCCGUACCGCCGAUGCCGACACUCCAAUCGUUAGUCAAACGUCCGAUAUUCAACCAGAUGGAAGCUUUAGCUAUGCAUUCGAGACUGGUAACGGCAUCAAGGUCGAAGACCAGGGUACCAUCAAACGGGUACGUGUUCCAAAGACGGACGAAACGGGACGUCAGCUCGGCGAGGAAGAGGUUCCUGUUUCGGUACAAACCGGCUCGUUCCAAUACACCGCUCCGGACGGCCAAAUCUACACACUCAGGUACAUUGCCGACGAAAACGGAUUCCAGCCGCAGGGUGAUCAUCUUCCAGUAGCGCCAGUUGCCUAG